AUGAUUAAGCUACCCAAUCCGAUUUCUAGGGUUUGUGAUCCCUUAAUCAUGCCGAGACAUAAUGAUGAUGAAGCAGAAGUAUGUUUAAGAUGUGGAGGAUUUGGACAUGACAUGACCUUGUGCAAGUAUGAGUACUCUCAUGAAGAUUUGAAGAAUAUCAAAUGCUAUGUCUGUAAUAGCUUAGGGCAUUUAUGUUGUAUUGAACCUGGUCAUACACAGUCAUGGACUGUAUCUUGCUACAGAUGUGGUCAACUAGGUCAUACUGGACUGGCAUGUGGUAGACACUACGAUGAUUCGGUUAGUCCAUCAUGCUUUAUCUGUGGGAGAGAAGGGCAUUUUGAGCAUCAGUGCCAUAAUUCUUUCAGUGUAUGCUUUCCAGAAGACAGUAGUGAAGAUGAGUGUCAAGGCCCUGAUUCUUCGAGCGUACGCUUUCAAGAAAACACUAGGGAAGAAGAAGAAGGGCAUUUUGAGCAUCAGUGCCCUGAUUCUUCCAGUGUAUGCUUUCAAGAAAUCAGUAGGGAAGAAGGGUUUAUCUCACUGAAUUCAUCGAGCAAAAGCACUUCAAAGGGCAGAGAGACUCGCCGUUUAUGCUACGAAUGUAAAGGAAAAGGACAUAUUGCUCGUGAUUGCCCCAAUUCCUCACAGGUAGUCUCUAUCUCUCUUUCUACAUUUUGUGCUUUGAGCUCUUCAGUUCUUUCCUUUCUAUCAUGUUAUUAUUCACGUAUAAAUUUUCUUUGUUUUUUUCAGGAUAAAUAUGGCAUCUAA